AAACAGAAGGCAAAGAAAAUGGAUGAAUCGAAGUUGUUUAAAAGUUUUAUGAACACUACGGCGUUUUGUUCUGAGUUAGAGAAAUUAGAUAUUCCCUUUUACAGGUCAAUUGACUCAGAAUUUAGCGAAAAUUUAAAAAAUGUGUCUUCAAGGGUGUUGAAAAAUAUUCAGCUGCUUUUUUCAAAAGUUGACAGGAGCAGAGCGGCUGAUUUUGUGGACAUUGAAGAUAUAGAGAAUCGAUGGUUGGAAGUUUCUGAUACAUUGGAUAUUCUAUUCGAAAAAACGGAUCAUUGUUUAGAUAAAGCUAAAGGUUUAUUGAAGCGACCAAGGAUCGAGUCAAGCCCUUUGCCUGCUGUUGCUCCAAAAAAGCAGAAGAGAGAAAAGCUUCCUUACAGAAUGAUACAUGCUGCUCACUUGCCGAAGCCUCAAUUACGGUUCCAAAGCUCUCCAAAUAAUGAUAGAAACCUUACAUGGUUUUGGAAGCUCACUGAAAAGCCAAAUGCACUCGUGCCUUUAGAUAAACUCCUGGCACAGGUUGAAUCUGAUCCCAGUUUGGCCAAUUCUUUACCUCAUCCUUAUGGGACUGAAAUUAAAAAUAACCGAUAUCCUCCUUGGGUUUAUGAGGUGACAAACCCAACCGUUAUGGGAUCCGUUGAUGAAACUAGACCCAUUUGGGUUGAUACCGAAGAAGCCUUAAAGGAUAUGCUGAAAGAGUUGCAAAAAAGCGAUGCUAUCGCAGUUGAUUUGGAGCAUCAUGAUUAUCGGUCUUUUCGAGGAUAUGUAUGUCUUAUGCAAAUAAGUAAUCGCAAGUACGAUUGGGUUGUUGAUACUUUACAGCUCCGUGAAGAACUACAGUGUUUAAACACCGUCUUUACAGAUCCUAAAAUAAUCAAAGUACUUCACGGUGCCAAUAUGGACAUCAUUUGGUUGCAGCGUGACUUUGGUCUUUAUAUUGUUAACCUCUUUGACACAUAUUGUGCGACUAAAGUAUUAGGCUUUGAAGGUAAUGGGUUGGCUUUUCUCUUACAGAAAUAUUGUGACUAUGAAGCUGACAAACGAUAUCAAAUGGCCGAUUGGCGAAUUCGUCCGUUGCCAAAGGAUAUGCUCUCCUAUGCACAAUCCGACACUCAUUACCUCUUGUAUAUUUGGGAUCACCUUCGUAAUGAUCUCCUAGAAAAUUCUGUUAAGAGAAAAGAAAAUCUUUUACAGUCCGUGGAGAAUAGCAGCAAACAAAUUGCUCUCCGUAAAUAUGAAGUUGAACCAUAUGAUCCUGUGUACGGUUUAGGAACGGACGGUUGGCGUAAUGUCCUUUCUAAAUUCGGUUCUGCAAAAAUAAUUGGCAGAGAAGCAAUUACAAUUUUUAAAGCUUUACAUGAUUGGCGUGAUAGUACUGCACGUAAAGAAGAUGAAAGUGUCCGGUAUGUUAUGCCUAAUCACUUGUUAAUAACGAUUGCUGCGAACAAACCGAUGGAAACUUUGGACUUACUUUCUAUAAGCAAGCAGCUUACUCCCCUUGUCCGUGUGUAUGCUGAUGAGAUAGUACAAGUUAUUCGUGAUGCUCAAAACGCUUACAAUAAGCAAAUUGAUCAAGAAAAAUCCUUUGGAACCGAUAAGGAAGCUGCUCCACUCAUGACUUCCAUUGUUAGUAAUGUUGAAGAUUCUGAUAAGACGGCUCCAGACGUUAGUAUUUUUGAGUCUACUAAAAAGAAUGCUACAAUUUUGAAUAAACUUAUGGCUAAAUCAUCUGAUUUAUUUACCGCUAAAGUUACUUUUCCAUCUACGGUUGAUGAUAGAAAAGAAAAAUUAUCGUCCGUUACUGAAAAGAUAUCUCUAAAUGUUGCUCCAUCUGUCGAACAUCCAAUAACUACAGUAACGGAAGAAAGCAAUUUGGAAAAUCCUACUGAUGAAUCUUUGUCACAAGCCCAAGCAGCUACUAAAGAAGAACCAUCAAUUGAAGGAAGGGAUAGUGAUGAAAAUUCUAUAGUAGUCCGACAACUUGGCAUAAAUAAAAAGAAGCGGUUGUCUUCAGCAAUGAAUACCGAUAUGCCAUCGUUAGAUGAUACAAUAAAUCUAACCGAUCAAGCCUUACCGGCCAAUAAUGAUAGUGAGGAGAACAUGAGCUCAUCAAAGAAAAAGCGACAGAGGAAGAAAAAGAAAAAAGAAGCCAAAAUUACAACAUCAUUGCCCGUUGCUAAUACUGAGGCUCAGGAAAGUGCGACAGCUAACGAAGCUUUCGACUAUUCUAAUCAAGAUAACUUCCUUUUAAAAAUGGACGAACGAAAACGAGUUAUGCGAAAUCAAAGCGAAAAGAGUUUUAAUCCAAUGAAUAGAGCCACUCAGGUUAGACGGAAUGUCAAGGAGCUCAAAAAGCCCAAAAUAUCUGAGGGAAAAAGUACCUCGUUUAAAAAGACUUGAUGUUGAUCGAUUCAAAAGCUAUAUAGUAUUGGUUGGUUUUGGGUUAUAUUUUUAUAUAUUAGAGAUUUUUUGAAAUAUUAUAUUGUCUAUAUUGAAGGUUUACUUAUUAAUUUAGAUUAGCUAACAUCAAAUCAAGCAAGGUACUUAAAAUUAAAUAGGGCAUAUUAUAAAAAGUACUUGG